CAGCCCUUUACUGCAUCAGUAAGUUGACGCCAUCAUAUCAUACUGGGCUAAAUGUUAACCUAGCUUCCAAGUCAGUCCGCCGUUGUGUCCGCGUACAUGAAGUUACUGAGACCGUUCAAACCUCUGUCUUUGUGCCGAGUUCAUCCGAGUGGUUGUGUUGUUAUUUUACAAGUUAAUGUGUUUAGGAUGUUGUUAUUUUGUGUAGUUUCCUCAUUAGCGGAACUGGAGUCUUGAGAAGCAGCGAGGGGCGGUGGGCUGCUAAAUCUCAUACCGAAUCGAGUAGCUCGUUUGCUAGUUAGCACGCAAACCCGAGAAUAUAACCACUGAAAAGUGAUUAUAAACCGACGAUUUUGGUUGAUAGUUAAAUGCUCGCCGGCGGUGUCCGCUCUUACGCCCUGUAGUUUCACUCGUAACGCACUUCAGCGAAGGAGCUAGCUGCGUCACGGAGCUAGCAGCGACUCCGCCGAGAAACGGAGAUUUUCAGCCCAGCUGAGCAAAGUGACCACCCGGGAAAGGUCUGCCUCUGUGGGAGUCUGAUACACUGGAGCUGGCAUCGUCACAUUUGCCAUAUUUAACACCAGGCGGUUGUGCCUGACAACAGCGAGGGAGAGAAUGUCUGAGGGAGAAAACAAGCAGGCCCCGGACUCUGCCCAGGAGGCGAAGCCGGAGCCUGGGGCUGUUACACCGGCGGGUCAAGGAGUGACAUCGGUCUCUCCCCCUGUGUCCAUGGUGACACAGCCUCCAGCUACUGCUGCCACAGAGGAUGAGGAAGAGGAGAGCGAGGAUGAGUCAGAGAUUUUAGAGGAGAGUCCGUGUGGACGCUGGCAGAAACGCAGAGAAGAGGUGAAUCAGCGUAACGUCCCCGGGAUCGACAAUGCUUACUUGGCCAUGGACACAGAGGAAGGAGUCGAGGUGGUGUGGAAUGAGGUUAUGUUCUCAGAGAGGAAGAAUUUCAAACUGCAAGAGGAAAAGGUUAAAGCAGUGUUUGACAAUUUGAUCCAGUUGGAGCAUUUAAACAUUGUGAAGUUCCACAAAUACUGGGCAGAUGUUAAAGAGAAUAGAGCAAGGGUCAUUUUCAUCACAGAAUACAUGUCCUCAGGAAGUCUCAAACAGUUUUUGAAAAAGACUAAGAAAAACCACAAGACCAUGAAUGAAAAGGCCUGGAAACGCUGGUGCACACAAAUACUGUCUGCUCUCAGCUACCUGCACUCCUGCGAACCUGCCAUCAUUCAUGGCAACCUGACCUGUGACACCAUCUUUAUUCAGCACAACGGCCUAAUCAAGAUUGGCUCAGUUGCUCCGGACACCAUUAACAACCAUGUCAAAACCUGUCGGGAAGAAAAGAAAAGUCUUCACUUCUUUGCUCCAGAAUAUGGAGCUGAUGCCAACGUUACCACAGCCGUGGAUAUCUAUUCAUUUGGAAUGUGCGCCUUAGAGAUGGCUGUGUUGGAAAUCCAGAGUAAUGGAGAUUCGUCUUAUGUGUCCCAAGAAGCCAUAAACAGUGCCAUUCAGUCCUUAGAGGACCCAUUGCAACGGGAAUUUAUCCAGAAAUGUCUGAAGAUAGAUCCCAGUCAGCGACCCACAGCUAAGGAGCUGUUAUUUCACCAAGCCUUGUUUGAGGUGCCCUUACUUAAGCUUCUGGCUGCACACUGCAUCGUUAGCCACCAGCAUAUGAUUCCAGAAAAUGCUUUAGAGGAAAUGACAAAGAAAAUGGACCCCAACUUGGUGAUUGUCGAGGCCAAGGAAGGAGUUCAGAUGAAACUCUCUCAGUUUCCUGCCCUUGAGCUGGACAAGUUCCUAGAAGACGUAAGGAAUGGAAUCUAUCCUCUGACUGCGUUCGGGGUACCGUGCCCACAACAACCUCAGCAGGAGGCAGUGAAGUCUCCUAUAGUGCCCCCUUCUGUCAAAACCCCAACACCCGAACCUGCAGAGCUGGAGACCCGGAAGGUCGUUCAGAUGCAGUGUAAUAUUGAGCCUGUUGACGAAGGCGCCAAGCACCAUCUGACCUUGCUGUUGAAACUUGAGGAUAAACUGAACAGGCACUUGAGCUGUGAUUUGUUACCAAGUGGGUAUUCCUAUGAGAAUGUGCAGGAGUUGGCCGUGGAGCUUGUCCAGCUGGGAUUUAUCAGCGAGGGCGAUCAGCCGCGACUCACGUCCGUUCUUGAAGAGGCCUUUUCCAAGUACUACAGUCGGAACGGCUCUCUGAAUCCGGUGACCGUUUCCUCGUAGCAGUGGACUCGCCGGGUCGUCUUUUCAUCCCUCCUCGUCCUCUACAGCAGGACUAGCUUUUUGCUUCAAUACUGAGUUGCAGGAAAGCUUUGCAAGGACAGAGGAGGAAGCCUCGAUCUGACUGCAGACCCUGCAGCCUGUCCUUGUAUCUUCUGGUGGGAAAAAUUGCCACUAAGUGGUUUUUCGCUUUCUAUUUUUUCAUCUUUUUUUUUUUCCCCCUCCCACCUUAUACAGCCAUCUGCUUCUCUUUUGAAAGAGGAAAACUGAAUUGGAACUUUAGGAAAAUACAAAUGUUUUUGUUUUUUUAGGCUUAUUUCUUUCAUUCAUUUCCGAGUAGAGACCGAAUGUUAGAAUAAGUCAAAGAAAAGAGGAUAGCAACCGUAUUUCCCUCAAGUCAGUGUUAAAAAGUGUAUUUUAAACAUUUUUACAUAAGAUUCUUUAAUAGUCGUCUGUAUGAAAUGAAAACUAGUUGUCCCAGCAUACUGAGGUGUAUGUAUAAUGGUGUUGUACGGUUACGUCUGGUUGUUUAAUCACUCUCACUUUCUCUUGAGGCAUCGUUCUGCGCGUUAUUGGUUUUUCCGAGGCUCAAAUGCAUCGAGCUCCUAAUGCAACACACGCAACAUCAGUUUUUAACUUCAGCUGCAACACAAAUCUGAAGAGAUACAGAGAAAAUAUUAAAAAUCCAUCUAUUUAUUUGUGCAUCUUUUCUUGUGUGUGUGCGCGCGCUCUACUUUGUGUGCAGCACAAAGGCUGGUGGCUGUUUAAAUGUGUGCUUUUGUUUGUUGUCCUCCUCUAAAGCCAUGCUGUUAUUUUCUACAAAGGAAUUGUCAACUGUGGCCCAACUGUUACUUAUCCAUUGCGGCACUUCUCGACUGCAGCUCGGUCUGUGUUUAGGCGGCACUUCUUUCAGGAGAGGUUGGUUUUUACACGCAUACGGAUAUGACAUGAUGUGUGAAGAGUGUUUUUGAAGCAUGAUAGCUCUUCUGUCGAACUGGGAAACUGAUGUAUGUGUACAGUUGCUUCCGGAGUUGAUUUUUUUUUUUGUUUCUUUAAUGUCUCAUGUAUUUUAAGCAGUGAAGGCGAUCGUUCCCUGUAAAGUAUGAUACAGAGAGAAAGAGACUUAUGUCCGCUGAGGCCGUUAACGUUUAGAUUUGUUGUCUCUGAAGUGUUCGUUUCCUUCGUAGUGGAGGUAUUCUGCAUUGCUAAAACCACUUACAACUCCGUAUGUGGCUCACACAGAUGUUUUCUGUUACCCAAAUGAUGAUCUCUGCUAGUUUGCACUACUGUAGACUUUUGUAUCUUGUUGGAAACGUCCCGUGGCCUCUGGCUCCUUCACACCAACGGAAAAGGACUCGCGAUGAUUUGGAAAUGGCGGCGUCGGUUGUGUCAGACACUGAUCAAGUCCCGCCUACUUUAUGCUGUGACUACCUAUUUAUUAGGGUCUGUUCUCUGUAGAUAUUGUGGGAUACACGUGCAGGAGAAGCCUGGCAUGCUUGUAACCAACUUGUACACUGUAUGCUGGACACUGUGCUCUGUUUCUGCUACCCAUUUACCCCCCCCACCCCUUUUUCACCUCCUGAAAUAAAACAAAAUUACUCUAUCAGCACUUAAAAG